GGCGGUUGCAGCAGCUCGUGUGAGAAAUGGUUCGUCUGAAGGAACCACGUGAUGAAUCAUACUUCCUCUAACCGUUGGGCCUUGGCUCUUGUCUUUGGGGAGCAGUGACACACAGAGAUGGCAGGUUCAAGAAUCACGAACCUCCAGACUGCCACGAAACAGCCACUGCUAAUUCCACCUCAGCGCAGCACAGCAGCACAGGGACCGGUUCAGAUGAGGAUUAAGAGUUCACAGAGCUCUGGAGACCGCCUCAGUCAGUCCAAGUCCAUGGUGCUGCAGGACUCUGAUGUUCCUCAGAAACCUAUCUCUCGACAUCGCAGGAAUCAGUCUCAACACAACGUCUUCUCCACAGGAGGUGAACCGUUGGUGCAAUUGAAAGGUGAACACCUGAAUGUGGCUAAAAUCUCAGAGGGAGGGAAGAAGCAGAGGAAAAACUGGACUUUGAUGUGGACCGUACUGACCUCAGACCAGCUGCUGUUUUAUAAAGAAAGACAACAAGAAACUAGUCAGAAACCAGGAAACAAAACUGAUGUGGUUCUUCCGCUGUGUGGAGGUGUUAUCGAGUGGACGACGGAGAAAUCGAGCAGGAAAAACGUCUUCCAGAUCACAACAAACACAGGAAGUGAGUACCUCCUCCAGACUGACAGUUAUUCCACAGCCUCAAAAUGGUUCGAUGCCAUCAGAAAGACCAUCGACUCUUCAACUAAAGCAGACGGAGGUUUUUCUCUGCGAAGGUCAAACAGUACAGAGUACCUGCCCAGACAUAGCUCCCUACCUGGAUAUGGCUCCGCCUCCCCCAACACCAAGCAACGCAACCCAGUCCACAGACGCUCCAUCAACAUGUUCAGCAGCUCCAAGCUGAAACACAGCACCUCCGAUAGCGCCGACAAGAACGGAGUGAAGAACAGACUGAAGAAGUUCAUCAUCAGACGUCCGUCCAUGAAGACUCUGCAGGAGAAAGGCCUCAUCAAAGAUCGAGUUUUUGGCUGCCAUCUUUUGACACUCUGUGAACGUGAAGGAAGCACGGUGCCGAGGUUCGUUCAGCUCUGUUUGGAAGCCAUAGACAAGCGAGGUCUGGAGGCUGACGGGAUCUACAGAGUCAGUGGAAAUCUGGCCACAAUCCAGAAACUUCGCUUCAUCGUCGAUCAAGAGGAGGACCUGAACCUGGACCACAGUCAGUGGGAGGACAUCCACGUCGUCACUGGCGCCCUCAAGAUGUUUUUCCGUGAGCUGCCCGAGCCGCUGUUCCCCUUCAAGUCCUUCCAGCCAUUUGUGGAAGCCAUCAAGAUCAAGGAAUCCAAGCACAAAGUUCAGGCUGUGAAGAAACUGAUCCAGGAGCUGCCCAAACCCAACAGGGACACCAUGAAGUUACUCUUCAGCCACCUGCACAGAGUUCUGGACUUUUCCAGGAAGAACCUGAUGUCCACUCAGGGCAUCGGCAUCGUGUUCGGCCCAACACUGAUGUGGCCUGAGCUGGAUGCAGGAAACAUGGCGGUCAACAUGGUCUACCAGAACCAGAUCGUGGAGUUCAUCCUAAUCGAGAGCCAACAAAUCUUCAACCUGGACAAGAAGUAAAGUGCCCUGAGGUGGACCCGAUCCUCCGAUGGACUCAUAUUUACACAUCGAAGCUAAAAACAACCAGAUUCUUUCAGAAAUGUAGACAGAGGCUGGACUGUAAAAAAAAAAUGAAUGGAUGGUUUAUUUCCUUUUUAAUGAACACAAACUGAUCAAUAAUAAAGAGUUUAAAUGUCAA